CUCUCUCUCUCUCUCUCUCUCUCUCUCUCUCUCUCUCUCUCAGGCAGCUUUGUAAUGAAAAGCAAUGCAUGGGUAUGGAUUGAUUGUUGGAGGUUGAUCUCACAAUCAAUCCCAUAGAAGUAAGCUUCUGGCUUUUGGGGUUCAUCAAGAUCUUUAUAUAGCUUAACUCACCAGCUCAAGCCACUGAAGUAGCGCAGGUAGAUGGACACAUCUAUGAAAUGUCUAAUAAACAGCAUUCAUCGAUUUAUUCAUCUAGUUUCAUGCCAAACUAUAAAACCCAUGCCCAUUCAGAAACAUUAUAGAACUGUAGCUGGUGUCCUAAAGCUUUUGAAACCAGUGCUUGAUGAAGUAGUAGAUUACAAGAUACAGUCAGAUGAAGUCCUAUAUAAAGAAUGCGGAGAAUUGGAUAUUGCUGUAAAUGAGGGGAGGGAAUUCAUGGAAAAGUGGUCUCCAAAGAGGAGCAAAAUCAGCACUGUUUUACGGAGUGAGUUGUUGUUGAUGAAAAUUCAAAGUUCUUCACUCAAGCUUUGCUACAUAAUAUGUAGAUUGUUACAUUCAUCUUCAUCUAAUUCAAAUUUGACUGGUAUUCAGCACUGUAUGCAGGAAAUCCAAUGCUUGAAGCAGGAAAGAAUAACUGAAUACAUAGAAGGGGCUAUGAGAAGUCAAAGGAACAAUGCCCUUCCUGGUACCAAAGAUCUUAUGAAAAUUAUUGAAUUGCUUGGUUUAACAUCCCAAGAACUGCUGAAAGAAAGCAUUGCUGUGGAAAAGGAGAGAAUGAAUGCUGAAGUUCGUGAAGUAAAGGAACACUUAGAAGAAUUCAAUCAAAUUGUGGAUCUUGUUUCCCAUAUCCGGGAUUACAUAAUUAAAAUUGAUCAUUUUGAAGCCUCAACUGGCACUGUAAUCCCUCCAUAUUUCUGCUGUCCUUUGUCAUCAGAACUCAUGUUGGAUCCUGUGAUUUUGGCUUCAGGUCAAACCUAUGAGAGAUCUUCAAUUCAGAAAUGGCUUGAUCAUGGACUGACUAUCUGCCCAAAGACUCGUCAAAUUUUGACACACACAAAUCUCAUUCCUAAUUAUACUGUCAAAGCUAUGAUAGCAAGUUGGUGCGAGGAAAACCAUGUAAAACUACCCGUUAAUCCUGACUGCACUACUGCUGUCUCCGUUCCAUCCCUACCAUGCCAUGUACCUUCUCAAGUGCCAGUUUGUACAGAUAGUUUCCGGUGCUCUAUGCUCAGUAGCAAUUCUACAUCAAGAUCAUCUCUUGAAGUUGGAAAUAUUAUAUCAUGUGGAGAAAAAUCAAAUGGAUGCCAUAGCAGAGAGAAAAGCCACAUGUCCCCUGAACACUCGUAUCUUCACAGCAGGAGUGAAUCAACCUCAAGUGCCCUGUCCAGUAUUGAUUAUGUGCCGCCAGCAUCGAUUGAGGUUUCAGGGGUACCUACUAAGCCUGAAAUUGUGAAUGAGUUGAAUGGGGAGAUCACAUCUGAGUGCUUUCCUGCUCUGCCAAAUAAGGAAUCAAACAUUUCUCCAUGGCUAUUAGGAAAGCAACUCCACAUUUCCAAAACAAAAGCAGAAGUGGGAAGAAAUGGGCACCUUAAUGAUUUGAAAGAGUCCUUCUCAUCUUUGAAUUCACUAUCUGAAGAGUUGACCACGGCUUCCCAUGUCAAAAAAUUGGUCGAAAAUCUUAGGAGCCAUUCAAAAGAAGUGCAAACUACAGCUGCUGAAGAGUUGCGGCUUCUUUCAAAGCACAAUGUGGAGAACCGCAUUGUCAUAGGCCAGUCUGGUGCUAUCACACCGUUACUUGCACUGCUAUAUUCAGAGACAAAGCUAACACAAGAGCAUGCUGUGACAGCUCUCUUGAAUCUAUCAAUAAACAAAGACAAUAAAGCCAUGAUUGCUGAAGCAGGAGCAAUAGAACCUCUAAUUCAUGUCCUGAAAACAGGAAAUGAUGGAGCCAAGGAAAAUUCUGCUGCAGCUUUGUUCAGCAUCUCUGUAUUAGAGGAAUACAAAGCAAAAAUUGGACGUUCAGGUGCAGUGAAAGCCUUGGUGGAUCUUCUAGGCUCAGGGACUUUUAGAGGGAAAAAAGAUGCAGCUACUGCUUUGUUUAAUCUAUCGAUUUUUCAUGAAAAUAAGGCUAGGAUGGUGCAGGCUGGGGCUGUGAAGUAUCUUGUUGAGUUGAUGGACCCUAAUACUGGGAUGGUUGACAAGGCUGUUGCUCUUUUGGCAAAUUUGUCCACAAUAGGAGAAGGGCGAUUAGCACUCGUGCGACAAGGGGGCAUUCCAUUACUAGUUGAGAUUGUUGAAACAGGUUCCCAGAGGGGAAAGGAAAAUGCAGCCUCCAUAUUGUUGCAACUGUGUCUGCAUAGUCCUAAGUUUUGUACCCUGAUUCUACAGGAAGGAGCAGUCCCUCCCCUUGUAGCCUUAUCUCAAUCUGGCACAACAAGAGCAAAGGAAAAGGCCCAGCAGCUUCUCAGCCAUUUCCGGAAUCAGCGAGAAGGGGCAACUGGGAAGGGAAAAUCAUGAAAAAGAGAAUUUUGUUGGGUUUGUGGCUGCUUUUUAUGAUAUUUUUCCUCUAUAUCAGUUGCAUUUUCAAAAUAUUCUUUAUUUUUUACUCUAUAUAUUGCAGCAUAGUUAGAUUUUGUGCCAUUCCACAGUAAGUGGGAACAUUUUGUGUUAAGCGUAGGAUACUUACUGUGCUCCUAGUUUGAUCGUAGCAUUUUUUUUUUUAAUUUUUUUUAAUAAUAGUUUGAUCGUAGCUUGGUUACUGCAAUUUUUAUGUUUUGAGUCUGAUUGAUUGAACCUCAAUCAGUGUUGUAGAUAAUCUGUACAUAGGGCUAUAGACUCUUUGUAAUCUGCUAUACAAGCAUAGUGCUUUUUUUUUUUUAUGCUAUUUGGUGCACAGCCAGUUUUGAUGUU